GCGGCGGCAGCCGCGGCUCGGGGCGCCGGCGGGGCUGUGCCGCUCCUGACUCGGCGUGGGCCCCGCGCCAUGGGGAGCAGCCGCGGCGGGCGGCUGGCCUGAGGCGGCGGCGGCCACAGCGGAGGGAGGGCGCGGCACUGCCGAGGGAGCCCCGCUGCGGGGGCCGCGACCCGCUCCGCCGGGGAUGCUGCGCUGGGUCCGGCAGCAGCUGGGUUUUGACCCACCGCAUCAAAGCGACACAAGAACUAUUUAUAUAGCAAAUCGUUUUCCCCAGCAUGGCCAUUAUGUUCCUCAGAAGUUUGCAGACAACAGAAUCAUAUCAUCUAAGUAUACAGUGUGGAAUUUUGUUCCAAAAAACUUAUUUGAGCAGUUCAGAAGAGUAGCCAACUUUUAUUUUCUCAUUAUAUUUUUGGUUCAGCUCAUGAUAGAUACCCCUACCAGUCCUAUUACCAGUGGAUUGCCAUUAUUCUUUGUCAUAACUGUGACAGCCAUAAAACAGGGCUAUGAAGACUGGCUACGCCAUAAAGCAGACAAUGAAGUCAAUGGUGCUCCAGUUUAUGUUGUUCGAAGUGGUGGCCUUGUGAAAACCAGAUCUAAAAACAUUCGGGUGGGGGACAUUGUCAGAGUAGCCAAAGAUGAGACUUUCCCUGUUGAUCUGGUGCUCCUGUCAUCUGACCGAGUUGAUGGUUCAUGCCAUGUUACCACUGCAAGUUUGGAUGGAGAGACCAAUCUUAAGACACACGUUGCAGUCCCAGAAACAGCAGUGCUGCAAUCUGUUGCCAACCUGGACAAACUGGUAGCUGUUAUAGAAUGUCAGCAGCCAGAAGCAGAUCUAUACAGAUUUGUUGGAAGAAUAACUGUAAGUCAACAAGCUGAAGAAAUAGUACGACCUCUUGGGCCUGAAAGUCUCUUACUUCGUGGAGCAAGAUUAAAAAACACUAAAGAAAUAUUUGGUGUUGCUGUGUAUACAGGUAUGGAGACAAAGAUGGCAUUAAAUUACAAGAGUAAAUCUCAGAAACGGUCAGCAGUAGAAAAGUCCAUGAAUUCCUUUCUGAUUAUUUAUCUAAUAAUCCUCCUCUUUGAAGCCAUUUUGAGCACUAUUUUAAAGUAUGCAUGGCAAGCUGAAGAGAAAUGGGAUGAACCUUGGUAUAAUGAAAAAACAGAGCAUGAAAGAAACAGCAGUAAGAUUCUGAGGUUUAUUUCAGAUUUUCUUGCUUUUCUGGUACUUUACAAUUUUAUCAUACCUAUUUCACUCUAUGUGACUGUUGAGAUGCAGAAAUUUCUUGGAUCUUUUUUUAUUGGCUGGGAUCUUGACCUCUAUCAUGAAGAAACAAACCAGAGAGCACAAGUAAAUACUUCAGACCUCAAUGAGGAAUUGGGACAGGUAGAGUAUGUGUUUACAGACAAAACUGGUACAUUAACUGAAAAUGAGAUGCAGUUUCGGGAGUGCUCCAUUAAUGGCAUAAAGUACCAAGAGGUCAAUGGUAAACUAACUCCAGAGGGAUUUUCUGAAGAUUCUCCAGAUGGAAAUAGGCAUGGUUUGGUGAAAGAGGAAGAGCUCUUCUUGAAAGCAGUUUGUCUGUGUCAUACAGUGCAGAUCAAUGCAGAUCAGACAGAUGGUGCUGAUGGUCCCUGGCAUGCCAACGGAAUAACAUCCCCGUUGGAAUAUUACGCUUCUUCACCAGAUGAGAAGGCUUUAGUGGAAGCUGCAAGCCGGGUUGGAGUAGUAUUUACUGGAAUUAGUGGAGACAGUAUGGAAGUAAAAAGUCUUGGAAAACCAGAGAGGUAUAAAUUGCUUCAUGUUUUGGAGUUCGAUCCAAAUCGCAGACGAAUGAGUGUCAUUGUAGAGAGUCCCUCAGGGGAGAAGCUUUUAUUCACAAAGGGAGCAGAGUCUUCCAUUCUUCCUCGUAGCAAGAGUGGAGAAAUAGACAAAACAAGGAUACAUGUGGAUGAAUUUGCUUUGAAGGGCCUAAGAACUUUGUGCGUGGCCUACAGAAGAUUCACACCCGAGGAGUACCAGGAAAUUGGCAAACGCCUUCAUGAGGCCAGGACUGCCUUACAGCAGCGGGAAGAGAGAUUAGCAGAUGUGUUCAACUUCAUAGAAAGGGAUCUGGAAUUACUUGGGGCUACAGGAGUAGAAGACAAACUGCAAGAGAAAGUCCAAGAAACUAUAGAAGCCCUCAGGCUGGCUGGUAUCAAAGUGUGGGUGCUCACUGGAGACAAGCACGAAACAGCUGUUAGUGUCAGUUUAUCUUGUGGACACUUUCACAGAACCAUGAACAUCCUUGAGCUUGUGCAGCACAAGUCAGACAGUACCUGUGCAGAACAACUGAGGCAGCUAGCCAAGAGAAUAAAGGAAGACCAUGUUAUCCAGCAUGGACUGGUUGUGGAUGGGACCAGCCUCUCUCUUGCACUCAGGGAACAUGAAAAACUGUUCAUGGAAGUUUGCAAAAACUGUUCUGCAGUGUUGUGCUGUCGCAUGGCACCCCUUCAGAAAGCAAAGGUAGUUCGACUGUUAAAAACCUCUCCAGAGAAGCCCAUAACGUUAGCAAUUGGAGAUGGUGCUAAUGAUGUGAGCAUGAUCCAGGAGGCACAUGUUGGCAUAGGAAUCAUGGGCAAGGAAGGAAGGCAAGCUGUAAGAAAUAGUGACUAUGCAAUAGCACGGUUUAAAUUCCUCUCCAAGUUGCUUUUUGUUCAUGGGCACUUUUACUAUAUUAGAAUAGCAACCCUUGUACAGUACUUUUUUUAUAAGAAUGUGUGCUUUAUUACACCACAAUUUUUAUAUCAGUUCUUCUGUUUGUUUUCACAACAAACGCUCUAUGACAGUGUAUACCUGACUUUGUACAAUAUUUGUUUCACUUCCCUGCCUGUCCUCAUCUACAGUCUUUUUGAGCAGCAUGUGCACCCGCAUGUAUUGCAGAGUAAACCUGUGCUCUACAGAGACAUCAGUAAAAAUGCCCAUUUGGGGUUUAAACCAUUUCUUUACUGGACCAUCUUGGGCUUCUUCCAUGCAUUUGUUUUCUUUUAUGGCUCAUAUCUUCUAAUGGGAGAAGACACUUCUCUGCUGGGAAACGGCCAGAUAUUGAAACCUAACAGGCAAAUGAUGUUUGGGAACUGGACAUUUGGUACUUUGGUCUUCACCGUUAUGGUUAUAACUGUUACGAUGAAGAUGGCACUAGAAACUCACUUCUGGACAUGGAUAAACCAUUUUGUUACUUGGGGAUCCAUUGUAUUUUAUUUCAUAUUCUCCUUGUUUUAUGGGGGAAUUAUCUGGCCAUUUUUACAUACCCAGGAUAUGUACUUUGUAUUUGUUCAACUGUUGUCAAGUGGUUCUGCUUGGUUUGCCAUAAUCCUCAUAGUAGUUGCUUGUUUGUUUAUUGAUGUUGUGAAGAAAGUGCUGUACAGACAUCUGCAACCAACAAGUACUGAAAAAGCUCAGCUUACUGAGGCAGGUUCAGGUAUCAACUGCUUGGACUCCAUGUGCUGCUUCUCAGAUGGGGAAACAGCAUGCACAUCUGUUAGAAGAAUGCUGGAACGACUAAUGGGAAGGUGUAGCCCAACCCGGGUCAACAGAUCAUGGAGUUCAUCGGAUCCCUUCUAUGCCAACGACAGGAGCAUCCUGACUCUCUCCACAAUGGACUCAGCCACUUGCUGACAGGGACAUUUUUGAAUGCCUUGUGGAAGCCUUGUGGUGCUCACACACCUGUAGCAGGUGCUGAGGCGAGUUCAGUGUCCGGCGCUGCCCUGGGAAAGCCCAGAGGGACUCCUGAGUCCAGGCAGGGCUUGUCUGGCCUGGCAUAAUCUGCACAGCAAUCGCUUCCAGGAUUUUUUCUAAUUAUAUCUACAAAUUGCUAAAUAAGUUGGGUUUUUUUUUUUUAAGGAAUGCUUUCACCUCUGACCAUAUGAUCCUUUUUGUUGCUGUAUGAGCAGAUUGGAAUCCUACAUUUAAUGCUUGAGUUGUCCCUGUAGCGCAAUGACAGAAAUCUUUCUCCUCCCAAAUUUGAGUGAUCCAAUUUGAAUCAAUUUGAAUCUCCACAAUGAAACUUUUAAAAGUUGUGUUUUUCAUGAUGACCCUUCCCGUUAAACACACACAUUCAUUUUGAGCUGUCUUGCAGAUGCUGUCUUAGCAGUUUGCAAAUCAGUUUUGUUUUGUGGACGGUUACUGUAUUCUAUAAACAAUCAGUUUAGUAAUUUUGGGGAGUUAAAUGCAAUUCAAAUAUUUAUGCUGGUGUAUGAGUGGCAAUUUAUUAGCCAUUGCUUUGAAAAACACUGUUAACUGAGACAAGUCAGUAAUUUGGAAUAAUAAGGGAUAUAACAGUUCACUGUUCUCCUGAAGUACAAUACAGAAGCCAGUCAUCUUUUAUUAUGCCCUGUGUAUUUUGUUAACAGUUCUGGAUCCAUGGAAAAAUUUUUAAAGAAUCUGUGGAUUGAGCAGAAAUCUCACUAGCAUAAAUUUUUUGAAUUAUUAAUCCUUUUAAAGUUGGGGAAUUUUUGCAUGUUUUGUUGUUUUUCAUGUAUUUAUAUUUGGUCAUGUUGUACUUUGAAGAUACAAUUAAUGCUUAAUUAUCUUCGUCUGUCGGAGGAAUCCGAGACCUUGAUGGCAAUGUUUUGAUACCUAAGUAUGCCAAUAAAAACAAAUUGCACAGUUGGAGCUCUGGGUGGUGCAUCUUGCAGGUGCCCCCCCUGUCCCAGUACAAAUGUGUCUGCGUGGUGGGGGCUGGGGAGCAGCAGCAUUUCACUGUUCCCUCAGCCAGGGUGGCUGAACCCCCUGCUUGUCCUUGGAUGUGGGAGAUGAAGUGGAGGUGCUGCAAGGGUGCCUUAGGAAAGGUGCUGGGGAGUGGGAAAAGUGCUGCUGCUCCGGGACACCCCCUUUGGUCGGUCUCUGACAGUGAAGUCCCAUCAAUUACAGCAGUACUCUUCCUGUCAGACAGUUAAAGGUGUAAAGAUCCAUCUUAAAAUUAGCUCUGGGUAAAAACUCUAAAUCUGGGCUGCUGUAAACCUGACUGACUAUAAACUGGGCUGCUGCCAGAGGAGUUACCCUGUUGUCAUCCCAAAUUCUCCCAAGUUCAAUGAGCAAAGGAACAGGUCCCACUUUCCUUGGAUCAGAUCCUUUAGAUGUUCCUUACCUAUAAACAGCUCUGCUGUUCAUUUUCCUGCCCAUGACUUUAACUGGGAUUAUUUCAGCUCUCCUCUUGGAGCUUUGUUUUAGUGUUACUGCGUGGCAACUUCACUCUGACCUGAAGGCUGCAGGUACUGUGGAGUUCACAAGACCUCAGUGCUCAAGGCAGGGUCUGGGUAGCAAAGAAAUUGUCAUUGCAGCUUUGUUGUUAAAUUUGUAGUGACUUGAACCUGCAACACACGAGGGAUUUUUCUCACUGCUAUAGAUGAAGACCAGUUCAGAAAUUAAGAAGCUUUAAAAAUAAAUUACGAGACAAGAAGAAGAAACAAAAUACAGCAACCUUUCCUUUUAAAUAAGUGUUUAAUUCAGCGUUCACAGCGCAUUUCUGUAUCACGUCUUCAGAUGCCUGAGUGCAGUGAAGCUUGAGGUUGAACAUGUCAGUGUGCACUAGAUCCCCCCAGUGAGUGCCCAGGGGAUGAAGAAUCGCUACCAUUGAGCCUUGCCUUCUCAAGCAGCAGGUAUGAACAUGUGACUUAUCCCACUGGGUAUGGCUUAAAACCUGGAUCUGGCUGGAGAGGCAAUAACCUGAUGGUCAUCCAUCCAGCCCCCCCCAGAUCUGCACUAGUAGCAAAAUACACUUGAAUUUCAUUCCUGUAACUUCCUUUGUAUUUCGUAUCUGUAUAAAACCUGAGUUUAAAAUAGGAAUUUUCUUCCUACUAGUUUCUCCUUCUAGAAGUCUUUAUGCUGCCAUGGAUACCUAGGAAAUACAGAAUUAUUUUACUAAUCAGAUAUCUGCUGUUUAGCUGUAUUUUACACCUCAAUCACAGUGUUUCACUUCUCAGCAGUGCUUGUUUGUCCAUGUCAGGCACAGCAUUGUCCUGUCAGUGUGUGUGACCGUGUGCCUUCAUCCAUCCAUGUGGUUCGUGUGUCCUGCCCUGAAUCCCAGACGGGCUCAUUGUGUGCAGGGGAAGCAGAGGCUUUGCCAUAAACCCCACUCCAAGCAUUUCCAUUGGCCCAGCUCUGUAGGUGAUGUAUUUUGGCUUUUACCACACCAGUGCAUUCAGUAGAUUUGCACAGAAGCAGCACAGUUGUGUACUUGAAGAAUAAUUUGCACUCAUUAUGUGUUUCUUUAAAACCUUCCAUCUCCUCUCCUCUCCUCCCUUUCCCCCUACUUUCCCUUUUCCCAGUGUUUGUAAGGUUACCGAAGAAACUUGCAUUUAAACAAUUCAGGAAGGACUUAAGAAUCCAUCCCUCGGCCAAGGUAUACUUUUCUAUUUGCAGUAAAUCUAAGUCAGUAAUGUCUCAUUGAGUAAGAGCAUAAACCAUGGUUUGAGUAAGGGCAGAUUUUUUGGUGUGACAAAUACUUUGUGUGGAAGUCACUGGGGUUUUGUGUUGACGGCACAAAUCUUUUAAAAAUGCUCUUAUUCAAGGAAGAAGGACUUUGUGUAUUUCUUUGGUAGCUGUAGGAACCAGUUCAUUGUGCCCUGGGCAUGGUGCAGAGUCCUUCACGAGGAAAAGUGAAACCAGCUAAUUCAGUGUAAUGCUGGCAUUCACCUCCCAGUGACAGUGUGAAGGGAUGGAGGAGGCUUUGCCAUGAGGAGGAAGUGUUUUAUUAUUUACCAUUUAGCCUUGAAAUGCAUAAAAGCCUGUAGUAGAUGUUUGUAGUUCAAAGCAAGAGUGGUGUACACUCACUUUACUGUGCAGUGUCCCUAAGGAAGCACCUUCUCCACAGCCGCUCCCGAAUGGGAUCGUGUUCCCUGCAGGUCAGUUCUGCUUCUGGGAAAAACUGGGCUUGGUUCUGUUACUUAGGAAAACAGUUUCAGUUGCCAAACUCAUGCUUUCAUGAGGAUGCAGUGGAAAACAACUAAGCGAGAAGAUGUUCUGAAUUGUUUCAAUAACUAAAAUGUAAAUAUUCCGCUUAAAAAUAUUCUAUGUAUUUUUUAAGAUUACAGCAGGGGAGGGGGAACAAAAGCUUCAAAGGAAGGAAUGCUGAAAACUUCAGCUUUUCAUUUUCAGAAUUAUUUGAGAAAAGCUUGUGCAACUUAGAAUGCAUAUUAAGCACCUAUAAUUUCUUAUUGAAAAUCUUUAGUAAUACUUUCAAAUGUGUAUUUUUAUGAACGUGUAACUUCUAUAUUGGAAUAUAAUACCAUUUUCUAGUGCUAAAGUGUCUUAAAGCUGCAGCCUAAAUUAUUUUUCAUAGUUUCAUCUGCUACUUCUGUACUUCUGAAUAUUUGUCAUUUUGGUGAAAGUCAGUGUUUUAAAGUGCUCAAGCAAAACGUGCUUUUGAACCAUUUAGUUCGAGGUUUUCAAUUUUUUUUGUGUAGAAUCCCUAAUAAACUCACCAUUGUCAUUGCCCUCACCACUGCCCUGUUACACAGAUGUCACUGCUUAAAGGAGCAUUCCUAGAACUGGGCAAACCCUUCACCAGGGACUCAUUUUAGCCUUUAUCCUGCUCCUAAAUUAUUUCCCAGCCAGACUCUCUCGUUUGCAGCUCUAGGGUGGGGGAUUUUUUCUGCAAAUGUUUUUAUUGUUGGUUGUUUCGUACGUUCCUUGCUUCUAUUGUUUGUUUCCAGUGGCACGGUUUGGUUUCUGCUCUGGGAAUGACUCGGUCGUGUAAAAGGAGGGCCGGGAUGCUGGGGAUGCUCGUGGCUCUGCCAGCUCUUGUGGCUCCUUAGCAGCGCGAUUUGCCAGGCUUCUGCUUUCUAUAGAUUUCUUUCUAUAGAUUUCUUUCUCCCUUCAGCUCAGUGCUGCUCCAAAGGCAUCAGGACUCGCUCAGAGCCGUGUGUGCUGCCCCGGCUGCCUGGUGCUCCUUAGGGGAUGUUGUUGUUGUCACCGCCCGGCUCCGACUCUGCCCGCUCCGGUGUCCCCCAGCCCGUCCCAGCCCAGAGAGGCGCUGCUGCUGCUGCUGCUGCUGCUGCUGCUGCUGCUGCUGCUCCCGCUGCCGCCCGUGUCACCGCACAGCGCAGGGAGGGCCGAGGAGCUCUGCGGGACACGGGGAAACAAACGCGCUGCUCUGGGAGCCGCAGAGCGUGGCUUGGCUGAAAGAGACCCUGGCGGGCACCUCCGCGGCCUGGGGGUGUAUUCAUCUCUCCUCAGCAGUUUUCAAGGAUAUUACUUAAAACAGCAGCAGGUUCUCACCCUUUUUACAUUUUGACAACAGGAUAAAAGAUGAUCUGUGGAGCAUGCAGUUGAAAAUGGUUAAAAAUGAGGUGCACCUUGCUGCAGGAGGCUCUUAUUUGUAUCUCAAAGAAUAUAUUUUUACAAGUCCUAGUUGCAGUCCCAUGACAGAUUUCAGAUUUAAUGCAUACAAAAAUAACAAAUCAUCAUCUAGACUCAUGUUUUUAAUGAAGUGUGAUUGAGUUUGCUGAUUUGAAGAAAAAAACUGGAAUGGUCAUCUCUGCAAGAAGUACCUUUUAAAAGAUGUUGACCCUAACUUUAGGCAGACUAGGGGCAUUGCCCAUGGGAAAUGAGCAAUAAGUUAAUGCAAAGAAUUUUGGACCUCUGACACUGUGGCUGCCUCAUGUUAUUUUUGCUCCUCUGCCAGCGAGGCCAUGUGCUUGCUCCUUGUACAGCUUGGUCAGUUGUUGUUUUGAAAAUGGUUUAUGAAAAUUAUAUUUAUUAAAUAAAACUUUCACUUCUA